AUGACCUUCUACAGUGGCCUCUACAACAACCAGUUCCAUUCAACAUAUGGCUAUGGUUUGGGGGGCCAGAAUGGCUACCGAUUUGGGAGCCCAUACGGGUACUACUGGAACCAGUACCGACAUGGGAGCCCGUAUGGCUACAGAAGCUUUGGGAGCUUGUAUGGGAACAGAGGCUUGAUUGGUUAUGGAGGCAAUUAUGGGUAUGGGGGCUUAUAUGGACUUGGGUAUGGCUACCCCUUCUUUUCUAAUUUUGGCAACAGAUAUGGCUAUGGAAACUGCUAUUCAUGCUGA